UUUGAAAUGAAAUCAGCAAAAGCGAAGAAAGUGUUUGAUAUAGAACAAAUCGAGGCUUUGAGCAGGUCAAAUAAUUUAGAAAUCUCAUCAUUGUUGUGUAAGUAUGAUAGCCAUAGAAAGAAACCAAGGAAAAAGCUUAGUGCUAGACGGCUCUUAACUAGUGGCACAAAGUCCCAGAAGAGGAGACUAAGUCCUACAUAUACCUCCGAAACUGGAUUGGUGUCUAGUCUUACGACAAAAAUUGAAGAAUUGAAUGAAGAAAUUAAUGAGAAAAACUACACUAUCAGAGAGCUCACAGCUGAAGUGUUCAAUUUAAAAUAAUAACUUCAAUGAUUUGCGCUACAAGUACGAAAAAUCUCAAGAUAAAUAAGAAAUUACUAAAGCAAUACCUCAAAGACAAAGUAGAGUCCUUAAUAGAAGCAGAGGAUAGCCUAGCUAAUGCGAACGACAUCAUCCAGGAUCUCUCACAGAAAUGUGAGGAUGCUAAUUAUGAUCGAGAUAAGAUAGAACAAACUUAUCACAAAGAUUUUGAGAAUAUAGUCGAUACUCUUACCUCAAUGAAAGUCUAUGACAAGGAUACUAUAGAGUCAGAUUCUCUCAUGGAGGUCAUCAGCCGGUCUUUACAAGAGAUCAAGGCUGAAAAUAAAAUGGUUAGGCAGCUCAAAGCAGAUAACUUGAAGUUACCUCAGUACCGAAGAGAGAUAGAAAAGCUUAAAGCUCAAAAUCGUGCUUUGGAAGUUAAGAUUCAGGACAUUAAAUCUACAACAGACAACAAUCGGCUUAAGAAGCAGAUGUUUUACUUAGUAAAAAGCAAAGCAGAUUCGUACAAAAGUGAGCUUGGGUUCCUCAAGUCUUCGUUUAAAAGCGAGUUGUCAAUACUAAAGUCAAAUAUGGAGACUACCAUCAACAAUAUUGUGCUUAAGUCUAAAGAGAUAAUGGUGAAUAAUGAAUUUGCAAAAGAAGAGCAAUUCCUCAAAUAUAAGAGCAAAGUUAUGAGCCAAUACGGUGUAAACAUAAAACAGAAAUCAGAAGAAAGCCAGAAAGAGACAGAAGACCUAGUUAGAUUAAUCGAAACUUUGAGUACAGAGAAGAUCUUUCUGAAGUCAACUAUUUCUUCAUUGGAAUUUCAACUAGAGGCUCUCCAGAAGCAGUCUCAAGAGCAGUUGGCUCUACUCUCACAGCUAGAAAAGAAGAGCGCCAAGGAAGAUGACAAGGAUUUAGUCGGGAUCUUAAAGAAUGAAUUUGAAGAGAAGCUCACACAGUACAAGAAACUGACAGAGAAGAAGCUCCAAAAGAUCCAAGACGAUUAUAAUGAUAAGGAGAAUAGGCAAAAUAGAGAGAAUUGUUACCAACAAUUCGAGAAAAUGAUGGAUGUUGACUUAGAAGAACUUGGCAAGGAUAAUAAUAGCAAUCAGAAUUACUUACCAAAAAGCUAUACCGAAGACUCGAACAAAACUAUAUUUAUGUAUAUCAAAGAUAACUCUUUGCUCAAACAGACUAAUUACUUCUUAGAAAAGGAGAAGAAGAGUUUGGAGAAGGAACUUCAAGCUUGUGAAGAGAAAAACACUCGUUAUGAACAAAAGAUCUCAAACCUGGAAUCUAAAGUCCAAGAUCAAGAAGCUGAGAUUUCUAGGUACCGUUAUGGAGAGACUUUGGUACAAUCUAAAUUUGACAAUGCUAAUAGUGAUCUAAACUCCUCAAUGCCAUACGCUUUCAACUACACAGUUAAACAGCAAAAAGAGGAAAGCUUUAGGAUGAGCAGAGAUGAGUUGAAGUCUUUAUCAAGUUUAUUAAGGGAAACUCAAAAGAAAAGAAGAGGAAGAAGUGGAAUGAGAGGCCGGAACGAAUAAAUCAAUAAUUUGUGAUGUAUCAGUGAAAGAAUA